AUGGCCAGAAUUAUCGAGUCAUUUGAGAACUUUUCCAGGUUAUUUAAUUUUGAUUUGAUUGAAUUAAAAUUGAUACAUUUUUUCACAGAAUCAAAAUAUCAUGGAAUUAGUUCAGAAUGGUUAAUGUAUUCUAAUGUUUAUUCAAGUGGAAAACGGUGUAUAUUCGAUGGAAUACAUCAACGAAGCGCUUAUUGUGACAAAGAGUAUACGUUCAAUUGCGGUUUCACACACAAAAGAAGGGGUGAUGAUAUUGACCAGACUAAUGGUAUCGUCAAUCCAAUGAAACCAGGUGAUAAAUCCUACGGUGCUGUAGAAUAUUCGCCAAAUUUUUUCAAGAUUGAUUCAGCAGUGCCAAAAGUUCAAUUUGGUUUAAUAACCCACAUUCCGAAAAGAAUUGAAGUCCCAAGAUUUCCAGUGGAUCCAGUGAUGAAAUCAACACAAGCUGAAGCCAAUAAAGCCGUGAUGGCUGCUAUACGCAAAGAGAUCGCUGAAUUAGAUAAUUGGAAACCAGCGCCAACUUUAACAGAGACUAUUUCAUCGGUGAAAUUUUCAAAGAAAUAA